AUGGAUUUUAAUAAUUUCGUGAUCGAAGGGUUGAAUUUUGCAAAACGCCUUACUAGUCGAAAAUCGAGCGCUGGGACGCCCGAUUUGGAUUUAAGCCUCCGCAUAAGAAUACGCAUUAUUGUCGUUACGCUUGGUCGUAUGUCGUCUCUAGCCAUACCUAGGGCUGCAUACAACGUUAUCACUUUUCGUGGUCUUGUAUGA